GGCGUUAGCCAGGCUAUUUUUUCCCUGAAUAACAGAAUCAAGUUAAGCUUAUCGUUGAAGCAGGGGCGUCUGUUGAUACAGGAACCAUGGCCAACUCUGUUCCCUCCACCAAUGGCUUUGUGGUGGUCACUCAUAUGCUCCCUCAAGGAGCCCAAAGUUUCACUUCACCCAAGAACGGAGUUGUUUCAACACCACACUCUUUGCUCAGGAAAUCCCUUAAAGGAGAACCAACCGCCAUGGGAACGGUUGAAAUAAUGAUUGGUGUGGUUGUAUUGUUGUUUGGUUUCCUGACGGGAUCAACAAUGUCCACUUACUUUUUUAGGAUCACGAUCUGGGGACCCAUCAUUUAUAUCACUGCUGGUUCUCUCACUGUUAUAGCUGCAAAGAAGCUCAAUCCUUGUUUGGUGAAAGCAUCACUGGGGAUGAACAUCUUCAGCACAAUAACAGCAGUACUUGCUAUAAUUACGCAUAGCAUGGAUUUAUUUAUCCUAAUAUUUCCUGCUGAUGUCAAUUGCCGGCUUUAG